AUGUUCUUCAAAUGCGUGACUUUUACAGUAUGCGGUUUGUCAGCACAGUCUUUGAUCGGUGGCAGCACCAUGACAAGUUGCGGGAUGCUUCAGAAGGAGAAUCUGCCAUCCACAGUGAAGAAUCAGUGUAAAUCGUCAGGAAUGUUCUCGAUGCCGUACAUGCUGGAAUCACGACGACACAGCGAACCACCACCACCGCCCUCGCAUCUGCUGGCGCAACGACGACGAAGCAAAGAAGUUUCCGGCCAAGUCACAUAUCUAUGGGAAUUUCUACUUCGUUUACUGCAAGACAAAGAGUAUUGCCCGAAAUUCAUCAAAUGGAUUGAUCAAUCAAAGGGCAUUUUCAAGCUUGUCGAUUCGAAGGCCGUCUCAAGACUUUGGGGAAUGCAUAAGAACAAACCCGGAAUGAACUACGAAACAAUGGGCAGGGCUCUGAGGUACUACUAUCAACGUGGUAUUCUACAAAAGGUCGACGGUCAACGCCUUGUCUAUCAGUUCGUUGAUGUACCUAAGGAUGUCCUUCAGGUUUGCUUUCAAGAGCUGGACAGUCCGACGAACCUUAACGAGGAGUUGCGGGUUGAUUCGUCGAAGACACCGCCUCUCAUGGUUCUUAAAAAACCUAAGCAGGAAGUCUGA